AUGUUCGGGGACCUGUUUGAGGAAGAUUUCCCCUCCAUCUCCGAGAGCCGCUGGGAAAGAGGGAGGAAAUCCAAGGCCCUGCACCCCGAGCCCUCCCCGCCCCGGGGCCUCACCCGCCUGAGCGGCCUCCAGAACCAGGGGGGCACCUGUUACCUCAACUCCCUGCUGCAGACGCUGCACUUCACCCCGGAGUUCCGAGAAGCUCUGUUUGCUCUGGAUCCUGAAGAGCUCGGAUCUUUGGAGGACAAGGAUGACCCUGAUGCCAAGGUGCGAAUCAUCCCUUUGCAGCUACAGCGGCUGUUUGCUCAGCUCCUGCUCUCAGACCAGCAGGCGGCGUCCACCACCGACCUCACCGACAGCUUUGGCUGGAGCAACAGUGAGGAGAUGAGACAGCAUGACGUACAAGAGCUGAACCGGAUUCUCUUUAGCGCCCUGGAGAGCUCACUGGUGGGCACCUCCGGCCACGACCUCAUCCAGCGCCUCUACCAUGGCACCGUGGUCAACCACAUCAUGUGCAGGGAGUGCGAGAAUGUCAGCGAGAGGCAGGAGGACUUCCUGGACUUGACGGUGGCCGUCAAAGACCUGUCUGGCCUCGAGGAGGCCCUUUGGAGCAUGUACGUGGAAGAGGAAUUCUUUGAUGGAGAGAACCUGUACCACUGUGGAGCCUGCAACAAGCUCGUCAGCGCCGUCAAGUCGGCCCAGCUACGGAAGCUGCCCCCUUUCCUGACAAUUUCGCUGCUGAGAUUUAAUUUUGAUUUUGCCAAGUGUGAGCGCUACAAGGAGACGGGCUCCUACACGUUCCCUCUGCAGAUGGACCUGAAGCCCUUCUGCGAGCAGAGUGAGUUGGAUGACUCAGAGUAUGUGUAUGACCUCUUCUCUGUUAUUAUACACAAAGGUGGCUGCUAUGGAGGACAUUAUCAUGUGUAUAUUAAAGAUGUUGACCAGUUGGGAAACUGGUACUUGGAGGAAGAUGAAUCUGAGCCGGUUGCAAAGGCCAAGAGUUUGAAAGAGCUCCCCACUAUUCAAGAAACCGACAAUCCGUUAGCCGUUCUCAAAAACAUCUUAUCACAGGAGGAAAAUCACUUAAUUCCUGUGGACCAGCUGGGUCAGAAGCUUUUGGCAAGCAUAGAAAUAUCUUGGAACAAGAAGUUUCGGAAAGAGUACGGGCCCCUGCUGAAGUUUUUGCAGGCCCACUCAGAUGUGUUUCUCCUUAGCUCUAACCCCAGCAAGGUCUGUCUAAGGAGAGAGGCCAGCCCUUCUCGGCCACCUCCAGAUGAGCUCAAGCCGCCCAGCCCCAUAGACCCUUUUCAGGACCAGUCUCCCCCGUCGUCUGAAGCAGAUCCUGCUGGGGAUCCCCAAUUGGAGAUCAGAGCCGAAGGCCCUCAGUGGUUUGAUUUAAAUGACUCCCAAGUGGAGCCCAUCCAGGAGGCGGAUAUUGAGAAGCAGUUCCAGGGAAAAGAAAGUGCCUACAUGCUGUUUUAUCGAAAGACCCAACUGCAAAGACCUCCAGAAGCUCAGUCCAACCCACGAUACAAGGUUCCAAGUCACCUGCUAUGGGAAGCAGAACUGGCCAACAGGGAACUACAAAAAAAGAGGGCAGAAUAUGACUCUGCAGUUAAUAAUUUAACUCUCCAUCUCCACCUGGGCUCUUCCUAUGAGUUUUCUAAUGGCGCCCUGCACCCCACUUCCUAUAGAACAGAAAGUUAUGUGUUGGACUUGACCAUUGACAAAAGGAAAACUUUAAGUGAUCUUCGGCUGUCUGUAUUUCAGCUCCUGGAAUUCUGGGAAGGAGAUCUGGUGCUCAGCCUUGCAAAGCUCGUGCCUGCAGGACUUCAUGUUUGCCAGACCCUCGAAGGAGAUGAACUGACAUUGCAUGAAAUUGAAAUGACCGAUGGGGAAGACAUCUUUGUGUGGAAUGGGAUGGAGGUCGGUGGCAUCAGGAUUCCGACGGGCAACGACACCGUUCCCAUCCUUUUGAAUAUCCUUCAGCUGAUAGAUGACAACGACGAAGAAAAGGGGCAGCCAUUUGUAGAAACUUGUCACGUGUUUCCCUCUAAUGCCAAAGUGGGGACCAUCUUCACAGCCCUCGCGUUCCCCGUUGGCCUCAUCCUGUUGAACACUACGUGCUCUCGAGCUAUCCAGUUAGAGAACUGGACAGUCAUUCCCAAGGAGAACUUGGAAAAGACAUUCAAAGAGCAAGGCCUCAAAGAUGGCAACUCCUUGUUGAUCUUAGACUCCAGCAGCUAUAACCAAAGUUUGACGAUGGCCGGAGGCAGACAGACGAACUCUCUCAGCAACUUCAACUGGAUGCAGGUUAGAAAUCUGUGCCAAGCAGAUUCCGAGGAGGAGCAGGUGAAAGUCUCGGCCAACAUUGAAACGAUGCUGUUGGAUAUUCGGAUUCGGGCCAUCAAGGAAUUGGGGUUGCAGGAGGAGCUAGUUAAUAAUAGUUGCUUGAGACUGAUCGACAGAAGCGGGCAGCUUCUUCCUCCAGUGCCUGAGAAUUACACCGUGGCAGAAGCAGCGAUGGAGAUGGGGAGUUUGUUGGGGCUGUGCCGUGGGAAAGCGCCAACUUCCUCACAGCUGUUCCUGUUUUUCACAGUGGGCUGCGACUUUGAGUCUGGCCUCAUGAAGGAGAUCAUAGUGGAGCAAACAAUCUCUGUGAGUGAAUGUUUGAAGAUGAUGCUGGAGAAAGCUGAUCUCCAAGGUGACUCAUGGCAUUUGCGAAAAAUGGAUUGGUGCUUUGAAGCUGGAGAGCCUUUAAGUGAGGAAGAUGCUUGUCUGAGUGACCUGCUCAUCUACAGUGGAGAUACUCUGAUACUGUCUGAAGGGAAGCUCCCCCCUAAGGGUUUCCUAAAAGUGCCUAUUUGGUGGUACCAUCCAUCCUUUCCCCCGGGAUAUCAGGUCGACCCUCCGGACCAAAUGGACCACAUGAUUCAGCAGGUGGACGCUUUGAGAAUCACCCCUGAAGAAAAUCUGUAUAAAGAAGCCCCAGAAGUGUUCCAGCCUGAAAUCCUGUUUACUUUUGUGGGGGAUGUGGAGAUCUCCGAAGAGGCCUCCCUGGCGGAUCUGAAGAGUCAGGCCAUGGUCCUGCCAUCUUUCCUGGAUUUCAGUUUUCCAUCUCCCGACUUUCUCAGAGCCUGGACCAUGGAAAGUAAGCGGCCAGGGAGGCUUUUACGCAACAACCAGCAGCAACUCAAGUAGGUUUCUCGUUCCGCCUUCCACUCUGUGUUUAUCACAGCUCUCCCGGGGCUGGAUUGUGAGAUGGAUUGAGGAGGAGAUGAGUCAGUUCGGUGGCGAGAGA